UGGACAUUGUUUAAUUCAAUGGUUCUACUUUGGCUUUGUGAUUGUGGAAACGCGUGGGAAACAUUACGAGGAAACUUCCUCGGCACCUUUGCUUUGCUUUGUUAGUGAUUUGAGAAUCCAAUGAACUCUGCCUCUUUCUUCUUCAAAGUCCAGAAACUCUUUCCUUGUCUCUCUUGUUAUAUCACAGCUUUCAAUGGUGAUCAUUGAAGAAGCCUCUUCUUCUUCCACCCGUCCAUGGAAAUACCAUGUCUUUUUGAGUUUUAGAGGUGAGGAUACACGCUACAAUUUCACAGACCAUUUGUACAACGCUUUGCGUCGGGAGGGAAUCAUCACCUUUAUGGAUGAUCAGCUCAGAAGAGGAGAAGAAAUAUCAACAGAACUUCUCCAAGCAAUUGAUCAGUCAAGGAUUUCAAUCAUUGUCUUCUCUAAAAACUAUGCAUCCUCCAAGUGGUGCUUGGAAGAACUUGUCAAGAUCCUCGACUGCAAGAAAUCAAAUCAACAAGAGGUUCGACCAGUUUUCUACAAAGUCAAUCCCUCGGAUAUACGAAAUCACAGAGGUAGCUUUGGGGAGGCACUUGCUAAUCAUGAAUGCAAAUUCAAAGAUCACCCGGACAAGGUCCGGAAAUGGAAGAAUGCUCUUGAAGAAGCGGCAAAUUUAUCAGGGUGGCCUCUCUUGGAUGAGCAUUGUUCUGAAUCCAGUGUUAUUCAUGAAAUUGUUGAAGAGAUUUCAGAGCAAGUGAUAAGCAGUACAUAUUUGGAUGUGGCUAAGUACCCAGUAGGAAUAAAACCUCGGGUGCAACAGAUCCGUAACCUUUUAGGUGUCGGGGGAAGAGAUGUUCGUAUGGUAGGGAUAUGGGGGCCCGGUGGAAUAGGCAAGACAACAAUUGCCAAAGCUGUCUAUAACUCAAUUGCUCAUAAAUUUGAUGGGAGUUGUUUUUUGGAAAAUGUUAGAGAAAAUUCAAUGGGUGCCAAAGGUUUUGUCAAACUACAAAAGAAACUUCUUUGUGAGAUUCUAAAGGGAACAAAAUUGAAGGUGACCAAUGUAGCAAGAGGAAUCACUAUGAUUAAGGAAAGGUUGCAAUACAAAAGUGUUCUCUUAGUUCUUGAUGAUGUGAAUGACAUGGAUCAAAUAGAUAACUUAGCUGGUCAAUGUAGUUGGUUUGGAAUGGGUAGUAGAAUCAUCAUAACAACAAGGGAUAAACAAUUGCUGAGGCAUCAUAAUGUUAAUAAUUUAAUAUACGAGGUCCAGAAUUUGGAUCAUCAUGAAGCUCUCGAGCUAUUAAGUAUGAAUGCCUUUAAAAGAAGUCGACCUUUGGAUGCUUAUGCAGAACUCACAGAACAUGCAAUACGCUAUGCUCAAGGCCUUCCGUUAGCUUUGACUGUUUUAGGUUCUUCUCUAUGCAAUGAAACUGUAGAGCUGUGGGAAGCUGUAUUAGAUGGUUUCAAAAGCAGCAAAAUUCAAGAUGUUUUAAAAAUAAGUUACAACGGAUUGGAUCACAUAUUGAAGGAAGCUUUUCUUGACAUUGCAUGUUUCUUUAAAGGUGAAGGUAGAGCACACGUGAUAGAAAUAUUAGAAGCUUGUGGUUGCAAACAUGCUAAGUUUGUUAUCAAUGUGCUGGUAGAAAAGGCCCUCAUUAGAAUUACAUACCAUGAUUCCAUUUGGAUGCAUGACUUGGUAGAAAAAAUGGGUAGAGAUAUAGUUCAUGAAUUGUCACCCAAUGACCCUGGAAACCGAAGCAGGUUGUGGUUUCAUGAAGAUGUUUACCGUGUUCUAACAGAGAAUAUUGGAACAACCAAUGUUAUAGGCAUCAAGGUGCAGCUGCCUGAAGAUUCAGAUGUGAUAUGUUUUUGUGGUACCACUUUCUCCAACAUGCGAAAUCUUAGACUUCUCAUACACCGUGCUGGACGCUAUUCUGGAGUUGUUGAUAGUCUGCCAAAUAGCAUAAGGGUAGUUGAUUGGCCUGAUUGUCCCCUACAAUUUUUGCCAUCCCAUUCAAUACCAAAACAACUUGCUAUAAUCAAUAUGCCUAGGAGUACUCGCAUCACAGUAUUAGGAGAUGGAUACAAGGAUCCGAUAAAUCUCACAUCAAUAAAUUUAAGUGGUUGUCAAUACCUAACAAAAGUGUCAGACUUAUCAAAAAUCCCACACUUACGAAGUUUGAAUCUAGCUGGCUGUGAAAAUUUAGUUGAAGUGCAUUCUUCUGUUGGAUUCCUCGAUAAACUUGACUGUUUGAAUCUUUGGGACUGCCCUCGGCUUGAGACUUUUCCAACAGAAGUUAGUUGGAAAUCCAUGAGGAAUCUUUACCUUGGCUGUUGUGAAAGGCUUGAGAAUUUCAUAAACAUUGUGCACAAGAUGGAGUCCAUUAAACAAUUGGAUCUAGGUGGAAGUGGCAUAACAGAACUGCACUCCUGGAUUGGAUGUCGCACUUCCUUGACCGAAUUGAAGUUGUGUCAAACUCCGAUCAAACAACUGCCUUCAACGAUUGAAAAUCUUACUUCUUUAACAUAUUUGGAGCUGUCUAAAACUCCCAUCAGAGAAUUGCCUUCAUCGAUUGGAUGUCUCACUUCCUUGACGGAAUUGAAGGCGAAUGGAAGUCUCAUCGAAGUACUGCCUUCAUCAAUUGGGAAUCUCACUUCUUUAGAAAGAUUGGACUUGUCUGAAACUCCCAUCAUAGAAUUGCCUUCAUCAAUUGGGGAUCUCACUUCCUUGGAGGAAUUGGACGUGUCUGAAACUCUCAUUGAAGAAUUGCCUUCAUCAAUUGGGGAUCUGACUUCUUUGAAGCGAUUGAACCUGUCUAAAACUCCUAUCAGAGAAUUGCCUUCAUCAAUUGGGGAUCUCAUUGGGCUUCAAUAUUUAAAUCUAAAAGGAUGUGCAAACCAUACAAAUAUGCCGCACAGUGUUUACGGAGGGCUCCAGCAUCUGGAAAAACUAGACCUCUCUUGGUGCCCAAAACUGGUAACAUUUCCAAGUAGGGGGAGCGCUUUGGUUUCAUCAAGUGCAGAAUCUCUUCCUUUGAUGCUUCCAUCUAAUUCAAACAAUGGGCAUGAUCAUCAUCCUGGUUCAUUAUUGUUUCCCCAGCUACAGUCGCUUUAUUUUGAAGGAUGCCAAUUAUCAGUGGUCUCUGAUUUCCUAACAAAUCUUGAUUGUGUGUCCACAUUACGGAGUCUUAAUCUAUCAGGAAGCAGUUUUGAUAGUCUUCCGGCAUGCAUCAGCAAAUUUCAUGAGUUGUAUGCGCUUGAUUUGAGUGGUUGCAAGAGGCUUCAAGACAUUUCCGAACUUCCACCAAAUAUACGAGUUAUAAACCUGGAUGAUUGCGUAUCGUUGGAAAGAUUUUCAAAAUUGUCAAAUAUACUGGAACAGAAAGACACUCCGGGACGUCUUCACAUUAUGAAUUUGUCUAAUUGCAAUAGACUGAUGGAUAAUCUUGGCAUGGACGUGGUGUCGAAGAUGGCAAAAGCAUUACCGUAUCAGCUGGUGCAUGCCGGCUUAGAUCAGCAUUUGAAGUGCUGGAACUUUAUGCUUCCAAGCCUCCCGGAAAUUGAAGUUCCAAAGUGGUUUGAUAGGGGUGAGGUGGACACAAGUGUGCUUCCUGGUCAUGGAACUCUUGGUAUAUGUGAAAUUUUGAUAGAAAUCCCUAGGAAUCUGAAGGCUGAGAGAAUAGGAUUGGUUGUCUGUGUUGUUUUUGAACUGAUCCAAGAUUUUUCUGGUGGUUAUAAUAGUUGCUCUGUGAGGGUUCUGAUUGAUAAAAAGUAUUAUGACAUUAGUGUCAACUACAUUGAAUCAAAAGCGACAGAGUCAUCUGCUCGGGAUCAUGUAUGUGUGUGUCUGACAUGUAUUGAUUUCAAGGAGCCACCUCUAGAUCCUGUGGUUAGAGUGUUCUUUGAUAUGGUUCCCCCCCGUGGCAAAGGGUUGCUCCUAAAAAGUUUCGGGGUCCACCUGGCUAAUAUGAAAGAUGAUCAUGUAAGAGGUGAAGACUUGACACGAGAAGGAUAUAGGCAGAGCAAUGCUAGCAUUUCUGACCAGGUGGCUUUGGACACAGAAGGGGCAGCUGUAGCAUCAUUAGUAUCAGAUGGCAGCAAUUCCGGUGAAGUACAUGACGAUCAUCAUGAUGGGGAACAAGAACAACAACGAGAACAGGAACCUCAUCUUCCAACAAAAAGAUUUGAAGACCUGGCAAGACAAACAAAUACAGGCAGAGCAAUGUUACCUUUUUUGAGGUGCUUUGGAAUUACCUGCUUAUGACAAGGUUCAGCUAGCUCUAGUAUCAUCAACAAGUACCGAUCGAGGCCUUGAAGUACGCUAUGAUCAUUAAUACUUGGAUUUCAGAAGAAGAUUUUCUUUUGCCAAAGUCGAACUCGAAAGAUGGCAGUUGAUGGUGAGAGGGGCAGAAGCACCAAUUAAUCUGGACUCAUGUGAUGGUCAAAUCUCGAUCAAUCCACACAAACAAGGCUGGGAUCUGGCUACGAAGAGGACGAUUGGUUUGGGUAAAGAACGUGAUGGGCUAUACUAUUUGGUGGCACUAGCGAUGGAACGAACCAGGCCUUCCAUUACCACUCCUUCCAGAUCAUCUGCAACCUUGUCCUUUCCUCCACCAAUCUUUGGCAUAAUCGCUUGGGUCAUGUCUCCUCUCCAUGUUUAAGUCACAUAGCAAAAAAUUUCUUGCAUUUUUCCAUUCAGCCAAAUAAUACUUGCCCUGUGUGUCCUUUGGCUAAGCAGAGUCGAUUACCAUUCAGUUCUAGUUCUAUUUCUUCUACAAGACCAUUUGAAAUAAUUCAUU